AGUCGCUAUGCACCUAUUGGCAGGGAACGGAGUACAUAGUGGGGAGAACUAAAUCGAUCACAGCGCUCGAUGUUGUUAAAACAUCGUCAAAUCAUGCUCGCAAUGUAAAUAAACACGUGAAAAUAUAAUGGAAAAUGGUUCAUAAUAGUUGUUGUGUUGUUGAGUGCAAAAAUACAGGUAGAAACAGUAAGUGUAAGUUUUAUAGAUUUCCAGUAGCCAAGUGGAAAAUAGAUAAAAGAAAUAAAUGGAUAAAUGCAGUGAGGAGAAAAAAGUGAGUAGUGCACAGUAUAAAGAUGAGUAUUAUGGUACGCCAUUUUGUAUCCUUUGGCAAGCAGAAACGGAGCAAUAAUCAGUAUAAAACGAGUCCUGAUGGAUCACCAUGGAUUCCAAAACCAACUGAUACCAUAUGUAGUGAUCAUUUCGUUGGGGGUCGCAAGGCUGAAGAGGAAACUAGUCCAAGCUACAUUCCAACAAUAUUUCCACUUGUAUACAAAAAAUCGAUAAUUGAUGAAAAGAAGUCAAUAAGCAGGCAUAAACGUUUCUUAAAUCGAAGAUUAGCUAAAAAUCAAAUUGCUGCAGUGACCACUGACGCUGAAGUAAUUCCACUGAGUACUGAUAUCAUUGUGAAUUCUAUUAAUGGUGUGUUAAUAGAUCAAUGUAAACAAACUGAUAAGUGUUGCCAAGUCGAUUUUCUCCCCAAUUCCGAUCCUGCUGGAAAAACAUUUAUUUGCAAUAAAUAUAUGUACGUGAGUUGUAACAGAAGUGAUGCUGAGAUUCAAACAGAAAUAAUAGAGGCAAAAGGUAAAAUUAUUAUCAAUCCGAAGAAGUGCACGGACAAAGAGUGUAAUACUCCAAUUAGAUAUUCUACUACCCAAUCAAGUUGAACGUCGGAUAAUAUUUUUCUAGGCUUUCGAUGAAUUUUUUGAGAAUUUAUUGAUGAUAUCAUAUAUAUUUGUAACGUUUUUGUGAAUUUGCAAUUAUUUCGAAUAAACAUACUGAAUUACUGGGAUUUCAAGAAAUUGCGUAUAAUAUCACUAACAUUUACUGUUUUUUACUAUUGUUUCAGUUAAAAAUAAAGUAUUAUGUAAA